AUUGCUCAACGGCAAAUGAUGUCAUUCAUCUUUAUCAGUUCUGCCAGAUAAAUAGUUAACUAUACUCGUUCUAGAGGAGUCGCCGGGGUACUGAGAGAAGAGCAGUUGGGUCCUCACAUUAGCAGUGGCAAUCACCAUGGACACCAGUCCGGACCGGUCCUUCCCCCGCGGCAAUCACUGGCUCUCCUUCUCCGUGUACCUCUUCACCUUCCUUGUGGGGCUUCCCCUCAACCUGGCAGCCCUGGUGACCUUCCUAGGCAGGCUGCGGCGCCGGCCGGUGGCCGUGGACGUGCUCUUGCUCAACCUGACCAUCUCGGACCUGCUCCUGCUGAUCUUCCUGCCCUUCCGCAUGGUGGAGGCGGCCAGCGGCAUGCGCUGGCCCCUGCCCUUCAUCUUCUGCCCCCUCUCUGGAUCCCUCUUCUUCACAACCCUUUAUCUCACUUCCCUCUUCCUGGCAGCUGUAAGCGUCGAGCGCUCCUUGAGCGUGGCCUACCCGCUGUGGUACAAGGCCCGGCCCAGGCCCGGCCAGGCCGGCCUGGUCAGCGGGGCCUGCUGGCUCCUGGCUAUCGCCCACUGCAGCAUAGUCUUCGUGAUAGAAUUCUCCAAGAAGGCCACCGACAACAACGGCACCUGCUACCAGGAAUUCCAGAAAGACCAGCUGGCUAUUCUCCUGCCUGUCCGGCUGGAGAUGGCUGUGGUCCUUUUUCUGGUGCCCCUGAUCGUCACCAUCUACUGCUACAGCUACCUGGUCUGGGUGCUCAGCAAAGGCACCAACCACCGGCGGCGGAGGAGGGUGGUGGGGCUUGUGGCAGCCACGUUGCUCAACUUCCUCGUCUGCUUUGGGCCCUACAACGUGUCCCACAUCGUGGGCUACAUCCGGGGGGAAAGCCCAUCAUGGAGAAAUUACGUGCUGCUCCUCAGCACCUUGAACUCUUGCGUCGACCCGCUCGUCUACUACUUUUCAUCCUCUGGGUUUCAGGCUGACUUUCAGGGGCUGCUGAGGAGGCUGAUGGGGGCCUGGAGCCCUUGGAGGCAAGAGGACAGUGUGAAACUGAAGGAGAAGAAUGAGGAGCGGGGCAGCCGGGAGAGCUGUCCGAUGUAGAGGACGGGACGGAGACUCCUGGAGCGCUGUGGAACCCGCUGUCCAGAGGCCUGGUGGGGAGGGCUCUCACGUCGGGCAGGACUGGGGUGCAGGGGGCUCGGGACUGACAUGACCGAGCACAAGGAUGGGUUCACCCAAGCCCGGUUCUCAAUCUCACCCAACUGCCCUUGCUUCCCAUCCCCCACCCCCACUCCUCCCUCUGAAUUCAGCCCUGGGAAAUAGGAGGAGGGCAGGCACCAGAGAAACUGAGCUCCGGGCCAGCUCCUGGGCUUUCUUUAAGGUAAGGGAGGAGUUGGGGCGCUGGGUGGCUCAGUCAGUUGAGCAUCCGACUUCGGCUCAGGUCAUGAUCUCACAGUCUG